UUAUUGUAACUGGAGAACAGCUUUAUUUGGAUAAUCAAUCAGAAAAAUUGGAAAAUAAUGAUAAUGCCAAAGAAGAGGAAGAUUUCUUUGCCCAAUGCCAUAGUGAUAAUAAAGAUGCAUUUUUCGAUAAUAAUACUAGCGAUAGCAAUAAUGCGCAAAAGAUCGAUUUACCUGUUAAGACUUUAACGCCGUCUACCAAUGACAAACCCACCGCUGCUGAUACUUUAACCGGUGCUCCUAGUGUAGAUUUAUUAAAUUCAGUAGUACCACAACAAACCAUGACUUCCUCAAUAGGAGUACGCAAAAUACAACCCAAAAAAUCUGGUUUGGGUGCUCGCAAAACAGGCGGCUUAGGUGCUACUAAAGUUAAAACAAAUUUUGCUGAAAUCGAACAACGUGCCAAUAUGGCUAAUCAAUUAAAAGAUGCUCCAAUUGUGCCUGACAAACCUCUAACCGCUGAAGAGGAACUAGAAUCUGUGGCUAGCAUGCGUUUGGCCUAUCAGGAUUUAUCGCUGAAACAAUCGCAACAGGAAAAUAAAUUAAAGUCUAUCGAUCCGGUAAAGGCAAAACAAAUGGAACGUUUGGGCAUGGGCUUUAAUUUGAAAGGAAAGUAAGUUGAAUUGGGGCUUAUUUUCCGUGUAAAAGACUG